GGGAAAACAAUUGAGAAAUGGCCCAUGGGUUUAAGAUUAAUAUUAAAAUUUUGACGCUACAGCUUCCGAUUCUCUUGAGCCAUGGUGCAGACGCCGGCAUUGAACGCCAGUACCCGCUGUCCACUGUCACCGGAACUGGUUUAACGAACCCGUCAUUUCACUUCCAACUCAUCAUCACAGACAUAGAUGAUGAAGUUCAACUUGAAGUUCUUUCUCUGCAAUGCCAAUGCCAUCAUCAUUCCCAACUCGCAACUUUAAGCGCUUCAAACCCACCGAUCUGUGCAUCGUCAAACCCAUUCUCUCUUCCCGAACCAAUCUCUCCGAAGCCGUUUCAUCUCUUGACCUUUUGCACCCCAAAGGCAUUCGCUUACCCUCCAACGUUCUCGUCACUCUCUUGCGCCGUUGCUCCGACACCAAGUCUUACCGUGAGGGUAAGCUUGUUCACCUUCAUUUGAAGCUUACAGGUUUUAAACGCCCCACCACUCUUAUUGCUAACCAUUUGAUUCAUAUGUACUUCUGUUGCGGGGAUUAUGUUCAUGCACGCAAGGUGUUUGAUAAAAUGGAGGUUAGAAAUUUGUAUUCUUGGAAUAAUAUGCUUUCUGGGUAUGUUAAAUUGGGGAUGAUGAAACAAGCUAGGAGUAUGUUUUAUCAAAUGUCUGACAAGGAUUAUGUGUCCUGGAACACUAUGGUGGUCGGUUAUGCACACUGUGGGAGAUUUAGUGAGGCUUUGAGGUUUUAUGGACAGUUGAGGAGAUUGUGUAUUGGUUAUAAUGAGUUUACGUUUGCCAGUGUAUUGAUUGUUUGUGUGAAAUUGAAAGAAUUUGAACUUUGUAGGCAGAUUCAUGGGCAGGUUUUUGUUGUUGGGUUUUUAUGCAAUGUGGUUGUUUCCAGCUCAAUUGUAGAUGCUUAUGCAAAAUGUGGUAAAAUGGAAGAUGCAAGGAGAUUGUUUGAUGAAAUGUCCGCGAGGGAUAUUCCUGCCUGGACGACGUUAGUUUCAGGGUAUGCUUUAUGCGGGGAUAUGGAAUCAGCUGCUGAAAUGUUCAGUCAGAUGCCUAAGAAAAAAUCAUAUUCAUGGACGUCUUUGAUAGGCGGUUAUGCAAGAAAUGGUAUGGGUCAUAAAGCUCUUGGAGUGUUUAGAAAGAUGAUCGAGCAAAAAGUUAGGCCUGAUGAAUUUACUUUCAGUAAUUGCCUGUUUGCCUGUGCUACUAUUGCUUCACUGAAGUAUGGUAAACAAGUACAUGCAUUUUUAGUGCGUAAUAACAUCCGACCUAAUCCUGUUGUUGUAAGUGCUAUUGUUGACAUGUAUGCAAAGUGUGGGAGAAUGGAGACUGCCUGGCGAGUCUUUAAUUUCAACGGAAAUAUGCAAGAUGUAGUGUUGUGGAACACCAUGAUAUCAGCACUAGCUUACUAUGCAUAUGGUAAUGACGCAGUUAUGAUGUUCAAUGAUAUGCUGAAAUCAGGAGUGAAGCCAAAUAGGACCACCUUUAUUGCAAUUCUAAAUGCAUGUAGUCACUCUGGCCUUGUUCAUGAAGGGCUUCAGAUUUUCAAGUCCAUGAAUAACGAGCAUGGUGUUGACCCUGACCUAGAACACUAUGCACACCUAAUUGAUCUUUUUGGUCGAGCUGGGUGUUUUAAUGAGUUGAUGAAGGAUUUAUUCAUGAUGGAUUGUAAACCAGGGGACCAUGUUUGGUAUUCUUUGCUUGGUGUAUGUAGGUUGAAUGGAAGUAUACGACUUGGCAGAGAAGUAACUGAAUUCCUUAUUAAAUGGCAGCCUCAAUCUUCCGCCGCUUAUGCAGUACUUUCUAGUAUAUAUGUUGCACUUCUGAAAUGGGGAUUGGCUGAGGAAGUAAGACAUAUUAUGAAUGAGAGACGCAUGAGGAAAGAUCUAUCCAUUAGUUGGGUUGAAAUUGAAAAUGAGGUCCAUGCUUUCACAAAUGGAUUGCAUCCUUUGAAGGAAACAUUGUACUCAGCUUUGGGGCACUUAAAUAACCAGAUAGAAGACAAUGCCUUACACCUAACUGAAAGAUAGAAAAAAUUCUUUUUCCGGAUUGGUUAUUUUCUUGUAGAGCAUAUUGCUAUUUUUUACCUUCUUGAUGUCCAGUAAGAAACUGAGGACAAAUGAGAAGGGAGGUUGGUGGGAAGAACUGACGAAAAUAGAUGAUUUUCAUGAAAGAUUUCUUCCUUCCUUUUUUAUAUCCAAAUUGAUUUGUUUGUAUUUUCACCAACAAAAACAUACAAUAAAUUUUUUCCUACAUCUACUAUCCCCCUUCCUAUUUUUCAGAAUAAUGUCUCUUUCCUUAAUACGACUUGAAUUGUCUUCAUUGGUGGAUGAUGGAAAAUGGGAAUGCUAAUUGUGAAAUGACAACAGAUUUUGCGAUGGGUGCAAUUACUGAUAGGUGGAUACCAGAAGAUUUUGGGAUGCAGAGUACAACAGAAACUUCUACAUAGACAUUCGGUGGAGGAAGUUUUCAUGUUCGAGUUCUCAAAGUAUCAUCCAUUUUUUUGGGCCUCACUCAAAGGUCUUCAAUGCUCAUGCUUGAACCGGUAGGGUACACUGAAACAAUCCAAGCUAGUAAACCGUAGCUUUGUUUUGACAAUUCCAUGAAUUUAAUGCAGAGUUUAGGUAUUGAAUUUGAUUCAUUAUAGGAUAAUUCUUUUCCCCUUAUUGGAAUAGGAGCUUAGCACCAAAUCUUUGUCUCUGUAUUAUCUAAAGGAAAUAUUGGAAUAUGCAUCUAUGUAUCAUGUUAAUUGAGAAAAAUAAUUUCCUUCAUUAAGUAACUUAGUAAUUUUUUCUUAGCGAGUUAAUGUAUCUAAAGAUAACGCUCUUCUGCAAUAUUAUUAUAGAGGAUAAGCAUCAAGUUU